AACGCCAACUGGACUCUAUAAAGCAUAUUCCCCCGCAGCCAUGUCCGGCCAUGAACAAAACCAAAUGAAGGUAAAAUUCAUCGUAACGAAGUUCGUGGAGACCGACGAAGCUCAGUUCAAGUCUGUCGUUCAGAGCCUCACGGGAAAGGAUGCUGUCACUGAAGACAGUGAUUGCGGCGGAGACGGAGGGAGCAAGAAGGAAGUUACCGGCGGUGGGACGGAAGAUCGCCCGAGAAAAUCCUUGGAGGAUAAAGAUUCUGCUUUUGUAACAGAGUGUUCUCCAACAAUGGAUGAAUUGUUUGAAUUGUUGGGUGAGUAAUGAAAUUACAGAUGAUAGAAUUUCAUGCUUUUAUUGUUUGAAAUUCUAUCAUCUGUAAUAAAAAACUGCUCCUUUUUUGGUUUUUUUUUGACAGAUGUAGUAUUUAGUUACCUGAUAAAUUGAAAUAGUCGAUUGGUGGUUUUAGAUUUUUGAGGAGAUUGCUGUUUUAACAUGUUGUUGAAUGAGCUCUGUGGUUUAGGUGGAGUGAGGUUUCUUAUUAAUGGUGGCUCAUAUUGAUUAUUAUAUAGUACAAAUGUUAGCUGGUGAUGAAGGAUUGUACAUAAAAAAAAAAACUAUAUCACAUGUUUUGUAAGCAAGUUUGCCUCCGAAUGAAUGUGAGGUUGAGGGU